AUGAUGCCAAGGGUCACAGCCGCUGCCACAGGACCAGAGGAUGUCCCAUUGGCAACAACACGAAGGUUGAUUCAUGCGGCGCUACCACAUCUCUUUCUGUCGCGCUCCCUCACGUACCCUAGCAGUCAGCUAUCUGCAGUUCUCCUGACAGAUCCGGCACAUGACGGUGCAGUUGCAGAGAAAUUGCCCAAGCCUAUUGUCGAUACGACUAUCGACAGUCGUAAUGGGCACUUCGCGCUCUGCCGUUCAGGGCGACGGCACCUUCCCACUCCGUGCCGUGCGGGAUGCAGGCCACGUUCCACUCCCGCCUCCACAGGGGGUGGCUCUCACUGUUCUUUGAGGGCCCAGCCAGCCGCCGUGCCUGGCGUAGACAGGGAUGCGUCUCUGCACCUCGGUACUACCACAAUCCAUGCGCUACUACUGCUCCAUUUUAAGGGUCGAUUGGUAGGAUCAAGGGUGCUUAGAGCUGGCGACUCUUCCUGUCCUGGUUUGGCGCCACCUCCAGCUAUCGAAUCGGCGUCAGUCCGCAUUUCCUUGGCGAGCUCCGUGCCGCUUACUGCCCAUCAGACACUGAGUCUCAGCCUCCAGGAUUUGUUACCUGACUGUUCGACCAGGUCAUUAGAUUGGCUAGAUGCGGACAUACGCCACGUGUUUGCCGAUUCUACCCUGCCAAAGCCUCUGAGACAGCUGUUUAGUCGAAUCGAAAAAUGGGACCACUCCAGCGAAGUUCCUCCCCAUGAGAUCUUGAUUUAUACGGAUGGCUCGGCCGCCCAGGAUGCUCGUGCUUCAUCGCCCUGCUCUUGGGCUUUCACCGUGUGGUUCAAGGUUGGGGUUCUUGUGUAUUUCUUUGGCCAUGCUAGUUCCACGGCAGUGCCGGCACAGACCCCCUUCUAUGCGGGAGAGGUUGAUGACACUGCUGUGACAGCAGAACUGCUCGCGCUCUUCUGGGCUCUGUCGUGGUCUGCAGAGUUUGGUCCUAAGUACCAGGCACCUCUGGCAUACUACUACGACGCCAUCAGCGUUGGCACGGGUGCCUUUGGGGAAUCCAGAGAGGUCAAAUACCCCUUGCCGCCACAAGGCCCCUCACUGCCCGCUUCGGUAUCCUACCUGAGACAGCUUGUGACGGCCCGGUGCCGGGCGCACCACUUUCAUGUUAAAGGCCACUCAGGGCAUUUUGCCAACGAGCUGACCGAUCGCCUGGCGGGGUUGGCGAGGAUGCAUGAGGAAGGUUAUUACCAGAGAUGCCUGCCGACUUGGCCCCACCGUCUCAUCAAUCACAAGCUCAGAGAUUGGGCGUGGCUGGCUUCCUCUCCUCAAUGUGACCUCCCCACCGUCUAUGCCUUUGAAUCCGAGGCAAGGAGACUUCAACAUCGCCCAGAGUUGCCGACACAUGCACCUCACGCUGGGGAGGUACUAGUGGGCUUUGAGAGCCUCCAGCUCCGCGAGGACCACCGGCCCGUCUACCUUCGCGCAGAGUACUGCCAACAUGUGAAUUCCGGGGCUUUCAGGACAGUCUCUAGAAGGGCGGUGCGCCCUCCAACUGUGAGCACGCCGGAGGAGACAAGAGAACAAGCGCAACGGCUAGCUCUCCUCAGCUGUGUCUCCUGGGACACUCCUAUCGAUGACCAAUAUCAACACUUUGUGCAACAGUGGACGGACACCGGCCGUGGCAUGAGCUCGAUGCCAGGACGACAACCAGUACAGUGUUUCCUCUCCGAACGGACUCUGGACUAUAUUGAUAAACGGAAGGCGUUACGUACUUACCUCGGCCAGGAGGAGGCGGAGCAAGCACGCCGACGCGUUAUGAUCGCUUUCACUGCCCUACUGCUUAACCGUCAUGGUACGAUUUUUAGCGACCGGGCACUGCGCAUAGCGGCACUUUGGUUGGCUGAGGUUGACGUCAGCAUAGCACGUGCGAUUGCGCUACUGAGGCACUUUGCGAAAGCGGCCCGCAAGCAGGUCGCAGCAGACAGGCGUGCAUAUUUGCACUCACUGACUGAGCGAGUGCAGUUGAGCGACAUCAAAGAUUCCCGUGCACUCUACCAGGCAGUCCGGAAGGCAUUCCCGGCUGCGAAGUCGGCGCGAAGGAGCAACCUUGUGCCGCUCCCUGCCGUCUGUGACAGCGACGGACACUUUGCCCAGACUCCAACAGACAGACUUGAGCUCUGGCGAAGCCACUUCGCCUCCCAGGAGUUAGGAGAGGCGGUCUCCUCUGCGGAGUACCUCGCCCGUUUUCGGUCCCGCCCUCCAAGGGACUCUUUUGUGUUCGAUGCCAAUGUGCUACCUAGCCUCCGGGACACCGAGCAAGUCAUUCUUGGAUUGCACCGUCACAAGGCUGCCGGCCCAGACGGAAUAACUGCGGAUUUACUCCGCGCCUCUCCAGGUGCAGCAUCCAGACAACUCCUGCCCAUUCUGUUGAAAUCGGCACUCAUGCUCCAAGAGCCGGUAGAAUUCAGGGGCGGUAACCUCAUAUGCUUGGCGAAAAGAGCAGGAGCUGCUCUCCGACGACAAGAUUUCAGGUCUAUACUGCUCGCUGCUGUGCCAGCUAAAGUCCAACACAGGUUGCUACGUGGUAAGCUCCUGCCUGUUCUAGCGGCGCAGGGUCACCCCACGCAAGCAGGUGCGAGACCUGGGGUGGGACUUGAGACGGUCUCACUCUUGGCAAGGUCGUUCCAGGCUGUACACCAGCAAUGUCGCCAAAUGUGGUCGAUUACGUUCUUUGACCUGCAGGCUGCAUACUACCGAGUUGUACGAGAAAUGCUGGUUCCAUCACACCGCUCCGACUAUGAACUGCGUGAGCUGUUGCACAAGGCGGGCCUACCUCGCCAUACUCUCCUCGAAUUGUCGGAGCAGUUAGAGCGCAUUGCAGCACUGCCGCAGAUGGGGGCGUCCCCACAUCUUACCGCAAUGGUGGGCGAUCUGCUACAUGCCACAUGGUUCCAUAUGGAUCUAGGUGACCUUCUCACUUGCACAGAGCGUGGUACGCGGCCGGGUGAUCCGGCUGCGGACGUCUUGUUCUCUCUGUCUUUCACAGCCUUCUUAAAGACGACAGAACAGGCGCUCAGGGAGCGCAGUCUCCUUGCGGAGCCGAUUGGGAAGGACCCUCGCCCCCAAUGGGCGGAAGCCUCAGCUGCGGGGACGCUCGGGAUGCCAGCCUGGGCGGAUGAUUUCACACAUCUACAGAAUGCCCGAGACCCUGCGGAACUUCUCCACAGGGUCGGCGCCACUACCAGUGUCAUCCAGGAGCGUGCUACCGCUGUGGGUAUGCGGCUCAAUUAUGCCCCAGAUAAGACUGCGGUCUUACUUCCUGCUGGCAUCGAUUGGCGCACCCAUGGGCGCCUAGUUGAGAUGACGACAGGGACAUUGUGCGUUCAAAUACGAGACGACCUUAGCCAGGAGGUCCACGCCCUCCCUGUCGUUGCGGCCUACAAACACUUAGGAACCAUCCUCACGUGUUCUGGCGACCCGCGGCCGGAUCUUGCACACCGGGCGUCGCGAGCUGUUGGAGUCACCAAGUCAUUGGGCAAAAGACUUUUUGGCAAUCGCCAGAUUCCGCUCACCACUCGACGACUGCUCUUGCGUUCCCUGGCAAUUUCCCGUUUCGUCCAUUCAGGAGCUGCGUUGUUGCUGCCCGCGGCGAUACACCAGCGUGCCUGGGACCAAGCCUAUGUGCGGAUUUGGCGUGCCCUGCUUCCGCGCGAGGCAGAGCACAAAACGGCCCACAGCUACAAUGUGCUACGGGCCGCACAAGCGGCAUCACCACCACUUGCCCUAGCCAGGUCCAGAGCUGGUUUCCUCCUCCGCCUCACCCUGCACGGGCCGGAGGUCCUACGUACCUUCCUCUUUGACCACUGGACGGUACAUCCGGCCGGGUCCUGGUUACGACAGCUGGAGGAUGAUGUUCGGAUCGUUGUGAUGCACCUUCCCGAGGUGGGCCAGCUUUUGGACCUGUCGUCGCCUGUUCUGUCACUGCUAGAAGCUUACCAGACUACACCUCGAUGGUGGCCAAAUCAGGUCAAACGGGCAGAGCGUGCCUUUUUACGGGACUUGGAUAAGUGGGCGGCCCGCCCCGCUGCUGUUUCCCAUGCCGACACUGCUGCGGCUGCAGGGCCAGCCCCGUUCAAGUGCCCUGUUUGCCCCUCAGCGUUCAAGCUUCGCAAACACCUUGGCGUCCACUUAGCCCGCUCGCAUGCCAUCCUCUCACCCUCCAGGCACUUCGCGUAUGAUGUGUACUGCAUAUCCUGCCACCGAUGGUAUGGCACCGUCAGGCAGGUACAACAACACCUCUAG